GCAACGCGACGACGCGCGAAGUCACUGACGACCCACCUGAGCGCGUGUAGAGUGCAGAGAACAGACUGCCGACCGCGUCGCGACUCUCGGGGGUCGCAAGAGAGAGGCAGCGGUCGGUGGAGCUCGGAGGAGCCGCGCCAGAGUCGCUGAGAAGGUGAUUCUGAAGAUGGCGCAGGGCAGCGCAGCUCCGGUGGUUCGGCUGGUUCUUCAGCAGUGUCUGCGGGCCAAGCUGCAGGUAAAGCCGGCGGACGAGCAGCAGGGGGCGCAGUGGGUCCAGGUGGAGCGAGGGAUGGUGGUUUAUGUCUGCUUCCUCAAAGGAGCUUCAGAAGAGUUGGUGCCAAAGAUUGUGUCGUCUGUGUUGAACCUGCGACUGUGCGAGUCCGACUCGGGGGCUCUGGUCUCGGUUCUGGACCUGCCUGGCAGCGUGUUGGUCGUGCCUCAGGCCACACUUGGCGGGAAGGUGAAAGGCAAGUCAGUCCAGUACCACAACAACAUCCAGAAGGAGAUGGGUCUGCGUCUGUAUCAUGCCUUCGUGGCCCAGUGUGAGGCGGAGCUGAGCAAAGCGGCUGGGCCCGGGUUGGGGGUCCUGGUCCAACACGGGACCUACGGGAACAGACAAGUCCUGGAGCUGGAUACCAAUGGACCGUUCACACACCUGCUGGAGUUCUGAGCCUCCUGACCCUGGACUGGGUCGACCUGGGACCAGAGUUUCACACUGUUAUUCUAAAUAAACAAGUAAACAAAUAGUUUUAAUCUUAAUAUUCAGCUUAUUUUCAUUUGAUUCAUGAUACACCCCUCCACCUGGUGGUCCAAAGAUCCUAGUCACGCUGGUUCUGUCAUAAAAGAGGACUAGAAGUAAUGUCAGGUGAGAGAAGAACCAAAUCGCUCGC